AGGAACUCGUCCUUUCCGUCGACCUACCGUGAGUGGAACAUGUCGCAUACGUCUGAGCGAAGAAACGAUGAUCAAUGGGCAGGAGAUCCCAAAAAUGGUCCUAGUGAAAGUGUUCAACAAACAUACGAUGGCCCUCCUGGCAUGGAGCCUGAGGGGGUCAUUGAAUCUAACUGGGAUGUUGUCGUUGACAACUUUGAUGAAAUGAACCUUAAAGAAGAAUUACUGCGUGGUAUUUAUGCUUAUGGCUUUGAAAAACCAUCUGCAAUUCAACAACGUGCCAUUCUGCCAUGUAUAAGAGGACAUGAUGUGAUUGCACAAGCACAGUCAGGUACUGGCAAGACUGCUACAUUUUCAAUCUCUAUUUUACAACAAAUUGAUACCAGUCUUAAAGAAUGUCAAGCUUUGAUUCUAGCCCCAACUCGUGAGCUUGCUCAACAAAUUCAAAAAGUUGUUAUUGCUUUGGGCGAUUUUAUGCAUGCAGAAUGUCAUGCAUGCAUUGGAGGUACCAAUGUACGCGAAGACAUGCGAAAAUUGGAUCAAGGUGUUCACAUAGUAGUUGGUACACCUGGUAGAGUUUAUGAUAUGAUUAGUCGACGGGCAUUACGAGCCAGUAGCAUCAAACUGUUUGUACUAGAUGAAGCUGAUGAAAUGCUCUCCCGUGGUUUCAAGGAUCAGAUUUAUGAUGUAUUUAAAUUAUUACCUCAGGAAGUACAGGUCAUAUUACUGUCUGCCACCAUGCCAUCAGAUGUGUUGGAUGUAUCCAAAUGCUUUAUGCGAAAUCCAAUUCGUAUCUUGGUUAAAAGAGAAGAACUUACACUAGAGGGUAUUAAACAGUUCUUCAUUUACGUUGAACGUGAAGAAUGGAAAUUCGACACUCUUUGUGACUUAUACGAUACAUUGAGUAUCACUCAAGCAGUUAUUUUCUGUAACACACGGCGUAAAGUAGAUUGGUUAACAGAAAAUAUGCGUACUCGUGACUUCACAGUUUCUGCUAUGCAUGGAGAUAUGGAACAGAAAGAAAGAGAUCUCAUUAUGAGGCAAUUUAGAACUGGAUCAUCUCGGGUCCUCAUAACAACCGAUCUUUUAGCACGUGGUAUUGAUGUUCAACAGGUUUCACUUGUUAUUAAUUAUGAUUUACCUUCCAAUCGUGAAAAUUACAUUCACAGAAUCGGUCGAGGUGGUCGUUUUGGUCGUAAGGGAGUGGCAAUUAACUUCGUAACAGAAGAAGACAAACGAACCUUGAAAGAUAUUGAACAAUUCUAUAAUACUAACAUCGAAGAAAUGCCAAUGAAUGUUGCAGAUUUGAUCUAAAUCUGACUAUUGGCUAUAAUUCAUUAUAAUUAAAAAAAAAAAAAAAAUAAAAGUAAGUGAAAUACGGAGCUCUCAGCUGAUCUCUCAUGGUGUGUGAGUAUAUAUAGAGUGAGUUGGUGAACUAUAAUCGCUUAUGUAAACGCGAUCUACCGAAUUAUUCCAAACGUUUUCAUCUCAAUUUCAUUUUAUAAUAGUAGAUUACAGAAUUAGAUAUCCGUUACGCUAGAAAAACUAGUACUAUUAUAUUAUAAUUAUUACAAUUAUCACUACGGAUACUACUAUACUGCUAUUUCCUACCACUAUUGCUCGUACUAUUAUUACUGUUACUGGUAUAUACUCUUGCGCUACUCUCUUCUUGUUCAAUAUUUAUUACUACUACUUUUCCCGCUACUAUUCCUACUAUAUAACUCUCUACUACUAAUAUCUCUGAUACCCCUAUUAUUACCACUACAAAUACAGAGAUUGCUGCAAUUUCCAGUACGAAUUAGUAGCGUUAUCGCAUCGAUAAAAUAUAAUUAUUACGACCACUACUACUGCGAGAGGGGAAAAGGGAAAAACACUGAAGAGUGAAGCAAUUUUGCCAACUUCAGUUGUUCUUUUACCUCUCUUCUAUCUUAAAUCAGAGAUAUUUUCUAUUUUACGUAGAUGCGUCCACAAUCUUAUCUAACGUGCCUAAAUUCUGUUAUGGACUUCAGAUCUUUUAUCUUGAAUCAUUUUAUUUCGUCUUCUUUCCUAUAUGACUUUCCCAACUGGAUGAUUUAUUCUAUGUUUCGUGGUCCCUCUUCAACACUUUUACCACCGCGAUUACAACGUGUUUGUCUAGGCAGAGGUUUAGUUGGGUAUUGGAAGGGGUAUUUUAAUCACAAGCGUUGCCGAAGGAGAUGUACAUUCAGAUUUUAGAUGAUAUGAAUUUUUUGUAUGUCCCAAAUCCCAAGUACAUACCUUCAUUAAGAAAUAAAAUGUUUGACCUUUUAAUUGUGGUUUUUGUUAUUGCAUUCAUUGUUGUACUCAAAUACUUGAAAAACAAUUUUAUUUCAUAAUGGGAAUCCAGAUGAAACAUUUAAAAAGAAAAGAAAAGAAUGAAACCGUGUGUAAAUUAAUACGACAUAUUCAUCACCAGACCAUACCGAGAACAAGUUCUAUGAACUAUAUACAUUAUCGAAAAAGUUCUCACAGUUUUUAUUUGUAUUUGCAGGCAAUUUUGAGCGGUCCAGAAAUGAGGGAGAUAUUUUUGGAAAUAAAGACCAAAUUUCGUGAUUCAA